AUAUAAUGAAUAUAUCUCUCCUUUUAUAUAUGCGAAAUUAGUCACAUCACAUGUAUGUCACGUCCAUGCAUAUUUAUUACAAAUAAAUUCAUAAUUUCUGUUGAAUUUUCUUAUACAUUGAUUGAUAUCUAUUUGUGUAUAAUAGAAAUCAAAAUAAGGAAUUCAAUUCCAAGAUCAAUUUUGUAUGAACACAGCCACGUUGAUAUAAGUAAAUAAAGCCGCUAUCAUCUUAUGCAAUCUACUGCUGAAGACGAACCAACUACAUCCACCGUCAAGAAUGCGCGAGCAUCGAAUAACACACAAGUACGAGAAAAAUCAGUCCAGAUACAAGAGGAUAAAAAUGAAGACGAGGAAGACGAUGACAACACCUGCUGCCACCGCGCAACCUUUUGCAAUCCAGUAUUACGAGAGAUUAUCGUGACCGACGUAAUUUCCACGUGUUUCGAAUUACAACUGACAUGGGCGGAUCUUUUCUGGCUCGCAACCACGAGCGGCAUGACCUUACUGGCCUGGGCAUUCUUAUACUUCCUGUUGGGCGACGUGGUGCUACCCGGCGGCAACAUCUUCGGCCUCUUCAUCCUCGUCAUUUUUUCCUACGCACUCGGCUGGACUCUCGCCGGCAUUCCCCGCUUACACAUCCCGCCUAUCUUCGGCAUGCUUCUCGCCGGCAUAAUACUACGCAACACAGAUAUCUAUAAUAUACACGACGAGCUCGGACCGGGCACGACGUCCAAGAUCAGGACCUUCUGCCUGACCUUCAUCAUGGUACGUGCCGGCCUGCAGCUGACGACAACCGCCCUCAGAGCGCAUCCGAUGUUCGUGAUAAUCCUGGCGUUCAUACCGUGCACCAUCGAGAUGCUGAUUGUCAGUAUCUUGUGCAGAUACUUUCUUGAAUUUCCGUGGAACUGGUCUUUCAUGACGGGGACGAUCGUGGCGUGUAUGUCCCCUGUCGUAACAAUCAACUGCAUGCUCACUUUAGCUGAAAGCGGUUAUGGAGAAGACAAAGGGUUAGCCAGCUUAUUAUGUACAGCAGCAACCUUCGAGGAUGUACACAUCGUGUCUCUGUUCACCAUCUGUUUCUCUUUCGUUUUUAGCAACGAUGACAGGAGAACAGAAUGGUGGUCCUACAUCCCUGGCGGGAUUCGAGAUAUCCUCCUGGGACUUAUAGUAGGAAUUAUCUUGGGCUUUGCUUUGGCCUUUUUCCCUCAUCGCAAUCACAAAUACGUAACAUGGUAUCGUAUUGGUGGUUUGACUCUAGCAUCUUUAAUGUCCACCACAGCAGCAUCGAGACUGGCAAUUACAGGUGGAGGAUAUCUCGCUACCAUUAUAUUGUCAUUCAUAGCUCUUAGAGGAUGGCGAAUCUUGGAGAGUUCAUUUGAUACCACACCUUUUCAGAAAGCAUUUUAUUUUCUGUGGCAUUUUGUGCAACCAAUUUUAGGAGGUGUGAUUGGUGCCGAUAUUGAUUUUCGAGACUGGCCUAAAUCCAGAUUUGGACUUUAUCUCAUUUGCGUACUUAUGGGAGUAUCUAUGCGUAGUGGUACGGCCUUUUUAACGACAUAUAAAAUGCCCUUUUCGUGGAAAGAGCGACUUUUCGUUGCUAUAUCUUGGUUACCGAAAGGAACUUUACAAGCAGCAUUGGCACCGAUGGCAUUCGAGCGUGCUAGAAAAGAAGAUGAUCCUACGAAAAUCGAAUUAGCUCUCGACGUGGUGAGAAUAUCCGUAAUCGCCAUCGUAUUUCUAGCGCCACUUGGCGCGAUUGGUAUGAUGACUAGUGGCCCUUUCUUGCUGAAUAAGAUCAGUAUCGAGGAAUAUCAAAGGGAGCGAGAAAUGAGCUAUGCACACACCGUCGGACUACAACCUGUUAGAACACGCAAAAAGAAGGUAAAUCCUCUGCCGGAUUGAAUAAUAACUCGCUCGUUAAAACUUCCUCAACGAUAGAAUCAACUUUGUCGCAUUAUCA